UCGCGCGCGCCGGGAGCGGGGACGGUUGAGAGCGCGAGGCGAACUUCGCCGCCUCCAGAACUCUGCCGCCGACUGAUUCGCCUCCGUGCGGCCCGGGACGUCCGAGGGGCCGGCGCCGUGGCGGGGCAGCGGCGCUCACGAAAAAACACCAACAGUCCAGAAUUUAUGAAGAGCUCUACAGUAACCAGUCUGCACAUGAAAUGGAAGGGGAACAGAUUAUGGCAGCUGAUUUCUGUUUCAAUCUUCCAAGUGGUUGCUAUAAACAGUUAUCUGGUUGGGUGCCGUCGGAGCGGAGUUCCAGGCACCGUUCCACGCCGAGUACAAAAUAUCGGCGGGACAGGGGAAGACGCCGUAGACGCUCUCAUUCUCGGCAUAGCUACCGAAGCCGCUCUCGACACGGGCGCCAUCGCCAGUCACAUUCCAGCUCUCUCACCUCGAGGCACCGUGCCCACGGUUCCCGGCGGGGAUCACCAGCUCCACAUCAUCACAGAUCCAGGCGUCGAAGCGUCUUGAGGAGUAGCAGCUCGACGCAGCACCGUUCGUCGACGUCAGAGUCCCAGUCCCCUGGCAGACAUCGCUCGAUACCCCGCUUGUACCGCUCCCACUGCACCCAUAGGUCAUUGGUAACCUUGACCUUUACGCAGCGCCCUACGACUCAGCCGGGCCAACCUGACCAGCUGGUGCCGCCGGUGCCACACCAGAGUCAAUGGCAAGGGCCCCCAUAGCAAGGCCAGUGGUGCCAGUGGAGCCCCUGGCACCCUGUGCACGCCCAGCAAGGCCCUCAGUCAAUAGCACGGGCAUCAGAGGCUCCUUCAGACUCACUAUCCAGAUCUCCGAGGAUCCUCGGCACCGCACGAGGAGUCCGACCAAAGGGUGGAUCCCGUGGCACCGGCCGACGUGCAGAGCCCCGUACCGGCCCCCUCCCCCGCAGGAGGACUUCAGGGCUAGGGCUACUAAAGUGAGUUGCAUCCAGUCUCUAACUCCAAGCUGAGGAGAUGAAGGGACCCUCAGACUCACUGUUUAACGUGCUCUCAUCCUCGGUACCCGGCAGAGUGGCCCUCCCGCUGCACGAAGAGGUGGCUAACAUCUCCAAUGCCCUCUGGCGAAUGCCGGCCUCCUUCGCCCCGAUAUCGAAAAAGACAGAGCGCAAAUACUUCGUGCCAACGAAAGGGCAUGAAUACCUUUAUAACCCACCCGGCCCCCAACUCCCUAGUGGUGGAGUCCGUAAAUAAUAGGGAAAGACAGGGUCAACCAGGACCCACACCCAAAAAUAAACUCUAAAAGACUGGACUCUAUUUGGCAGGAAGCUUUAUUCAUUGGCCAGCUUCCACCUCUGGGUGGACAACCACCAGGCCCUCCUCAGUCGAUAUGAGUUUAACUUGUGGGGGAGUUUAACUUAUGUUCACUGCUGAAAUUCGAGCCCUCCCUUCCGGAGCGCAAAAGGAAGGAUUUUAAGGUGCUGGUGGAGGAGGGCGCCGCUGCAAAAAGGGCUGCUCGGCAGGCGGCGGCGGAUGCAGCUGACACGGCUGCUCAGUCCAUGGCCUCGGCCGUGUCCCUGCGCAGGGCAUCGUGGCUACUGCUGCCUGGGCACUCCACGGAGGCGCAGUCUGUGAUGCAGGAUUUCCCUUUGACAGCAAGGACCUGUUCACAGAACAAACAGACAUGAGGCUCCAUGGCAUGAAGGACUCAUGUACUACCCUUCAAACCCUCGGACUCUACGUCCAGCCCAAGGAAAAGCCUAAGACGCAAGCCUCCGUCCCUGCGCCCCAGCCAAGAUACGAGCCCGCUUACAAGAGGUCCAAGACCCAAAAGAGGCGACCUCAGAGGCAGUGUCGCUCUGCCCCGCAGCCUAGGCCCUCCAGGGGCAAGCAGCAGGGCAAGAGCCGGUUUUGACUGGUUGCAGGAGGGUACCCCGGUGACCCCCAAGAGGACCCUCCUACCAAUAAAGUUUGCCUUCAGCAACCGCUUGUGUGCGUUCCUUACGGAAUGGUCCCAAAUAACAUCAGACCAACGUAUCAGAGAGGUAGCUGUGUUUAGUCUGGAGUCUUAAAGGUGUUAGUCUUAAAGGUGCCACAGGACUCUCUGUUGCUUUUAUCAGACCAAUAGGUCCUCAACACCAUUUCCCAGGGUUACAUACUACAAUUUCUCACCCCCACCCUCCCACCCCCUCGCUCAGAUGGCAAGGGGGAUCCGUCACAUUUACCCCGCUACAGCAGACAGUGGGUCAGCUCCUCAGCUUGGGAUACGUGGAGAAGGUUCCAGGGGAGUUCCGGGGGAAAGGGUUUUACUCCCGUUACUUCCUGAUCCCCAAGGCGAAAGGGGGGCUUAGGCCCAUCCUGGAUCUGCGAGACCUCAAUCAGUUCAUGGCAAAAUGCCGGUUCUGCAUGGUCUCUCUGGCAUGUAUCGUACCCGUUCUGGACCCCGGCGAUUGGUAUGCGGCCCUGGACCUUCAGGACGCCUACUUCCAUAUUUAUAUAUUCGAGGGGCACAGACGCUUCCUCCAUUUCCUAGUGGGACAGGACCACUACCAAUUUACGGUCCUCCCAUUUGGCCUGUCCACCGUGCCCAGAGUAUUCACAAAGUGUAUGGCGGUAGUGACGGCCUAUCUCAGACGCCGAGGGGUACAGAUAUUCCCCUACCUCGACUGGCUGCUCAAGGGCAGCUCGCGGUCCCAGGUACAGAACCACGUGGACCUGCUCUUGGCUACGUGUGCCGACUUAGGCCUCCUAGUAAACGAGGCCAAGUCGACAUUGGUUCCGGUGCAGUGCAUAGAAUUCAUAGGCGCUCUCCUGGAUGCCUCCAAGGCCACAGUCUUCCUUCCCCUGGACAGGUUCCAGACCCUGAAGGGGCUUAUAGCCUUGGACACAGAGUUCCCCGUCACCACAGCCAGGGCAUGCCUGCGGCUCCUGGGCCCAUGUGGUGGGGUGCAUGCACGUGGUCCACCACGCCAGGCUUCGGAUGAGGCCCCUCCAACUCUGGUUGGCCUCAGAGUUCUCCCAGGCCCAGGACAAACUGGACAAGGUCCUCUCGGUACCGGCAUGGGUGAUCACCACGCUACAAUGGUGGUCCUGCCCGGCCAAUAUGCUCCAGGGAAUUCCCUUCUGGGACCUGACCCCAUCACUGGACCUAGUGUCCGAUGCGUCGGACCUGGGUUGGGGGGCCCACAUAGGGAACUCAUAGACCCCAGGGGUGUGGUCAGCUGCUGAGCUGUCCCUUCACAUAAACGUCAGGGAACUCAGGGUGAUACGCUUAGCCUGUGUGGCGUUUGGCUCACAGCUGCGCGACAAGGUGGUCAGAGUACUCACGGACAACACUGCUGCGAAGUUUUACAUCAACAGGCAAGGCGGGACGAGGUUCUCGACCCUCUGACUGGAAGCCCUCAGCCUCUGGGAGUUCUGUAUAGCCCACGACAUCUCCCUGAAGGCUUUCCACCUGCCAGGCAUCAACAACACACAGGCCGAUCGCUUGAGCAGGGUUUUCUCCUCCCAACACGAGUGGUUGCUCCACUCGGAGGUCACUCACCAGCUCUUCCGAGCGUGGGACACUCCCCAAGUAGACCUGUUUGCGACCCGACAGAACCACCAUUGCCAUAGGUUCUGUUCCAGAGGAUGGUGGGGGGGAACGCGAUCUCAGAUGUCUUCCUCUUGUCAUGGUUGGGUCAACUCCUUUAUGCCUUUCCCCUGUUUCCCCUCAUUGGCAAGGUCCUGGAGAAAGCGAAAACAGACAAGGCGUCCUCCUGAUCACCCCAGCUUGGUCCCGGCAACAUUGGUACAGGACCCUCCUGGGCUUGCUUGUGGCCCCUCCGUGGCCGUUGUCACUCCGCCCGGACCUACUCUCCCAGGACCAGGGCCGCUGCCUCCACCCCAAUCUGGCCACCCUCCGUUUGACAGCGUGGCUGAUCAAGGGCUAGAUGUGGAGGAGAGAAGGUGUUCAGAAGGGGUCAGGCAUGUCCUCCUCGAAAGUAGAAAGCCAUCCACGCGCCGAGCCUACCUAGCGAAGUGGUCCAGGUUCUCCAGGUGGGCAGGCGAGUGGGGUACUUCCCCAGUGUCUGCCCUGCUCCAACUUAUCCUUGAGUACCUUCUUCACCUUAGAACUCAAGGCCUGGCCCCUUCCUCUGUCAGAGUGCACCUGGCAGCUAUUUUGGCGUUCCAUCCGCUAGUCCAGGGCUGCUCAGUUUUCUCCCAUGCCAUGACCAGGCGUUUCCUCAAAGGGCUAGACUGGUCCUUUCCUUAUGCUAAAACCCCUGUCCCUCAGUGGGAUCUAAAUUUGGUGUUAUCCCGCCUCACGGGACCCCCGUUUGAACUCCUGGCCACAUGCUCAUGGUCUCACCUUUCAUGGAAGGUAGCCUUCCUCGUGGCCAUCACGUCAGCCCCGCUUGAUGUGCGCAGAGCUUUUUAUCUGGAUUGGACUAAGCCAUUCCGCAGCUCUUUGCAACUCUUUGUUGCUUCAGCUGAGCGCAUGAGGGGUCAACCGAUCUCCACCCAGAGGCUUUCCCGGUGGAUUACAUCGUGCAUCCACACAUGCUACGACUUAGCAGGGGUUCCUGCACCACCUAUCAUAAGGGCUCACUCGACAAGGGCUCGGGCCUCAUCGUCAGCCUUUGUACAUGCGUUCAUGUCGCGCUAUGCGAUCGUCUCCCACGCCAGGGAUGACGCUGUUUCGGUAGAGCUGUGCUUCAGCCAGGGAAUCUGUGAACUCCUACCCACCUCCAUCAGACAUAGCUUGCAAUCACCUACUGUGGAAUACACAUGAGUAAUCACUCAAAGAAGA